AUGGGCGGCGAGACGUCCUCCCGUGUCAUGUCCUCAUAUCCCAAGCUUGCCGCCCGUCCCAUCGCGCAGAAAAUCAGCAACAUAUAUACGGACCGUUUACGCCAAUUUACCUCUGGCGGGCAAUAUGAGAAGCAAUCCCUUCUUGCCAAGCUAUAUCACAAUAUCUGUGACGACGAGGAGCAUGUGAAACUCUCUGUCUACUCCCCGCCAAAUCUGACCCGGCCAACCUUCAAAGAUGCGACUUCGCAUAGUUUCAGGCCUACUCACCGCGGCGAAUACUUUGGCCCUUCAUGGUCUACCCAUUGGUUCAAGAUCCAACUCACCGUCCCCGAGGCCAUGCGAGAUGGCGAACAUCUGGAGUUUCACUGGGACGCGAACAAUGAGGGCAUGGUAUGGACACACGACGGAGACCCUCUACAAGGCUUGACUGGCGGUGGCGACCGUACGGAAUGGAUCCUACCCUCGAGCUGGCGAGACGGAAAAGAGCACACCUUCUAUAUUGAGAUGGCCUGCAAUGGGAUGUUUGGCAAUGCCCCCGGUGGGGACAGCAUCCAACCCCCAGACCCAAAUAAAUACUUUGCGCUGUCAAAGGCCCAGAUUGUUGAUGUCAACCUUGCGGCCCGGCAGUUGUAUGUCGAUUUCUGGAUCAUCGGAGACGCAGCCAGGGAAUUUCCAGGCGACAGCUGGCAAAGGCAUGAAGCCUUACAGGUCGGCAACCAGAUCAUUGAUGCAUUUAUCGCGGGAGAAGGCUCCACUGCCUCCAUCCAAGAGGGCCGUGAGAUCGCUCAGAGAUAUCUCGGUAAAAAUAUCGACUCUGCAAAGGUUUACGAGUCGGACGAGAAAAGUAUUGUGUUCGCCAUCGGACACUGCCACAUUGACACCUGUUGGCUUUGGCCCUGGGCCGAAACCAAACGCAAGGUGGCAAGAAGUUGGUCGAACCAAUGUGAUCUUUUGGACCGAUAUCCCGAACAUCGAUUUGCAUGCAGCCAAGCACAACAGUACAAGUGGCUGAAGACGUACUAUCCAUUUGUUUUUGACCGAGUCAAGGCAAAGGUCAAGGAAGGCCGAUUCCAGCCGAUCGGUGGAAGCUGGGUUGAGCACGACACCAACAUGCCUAGCGGAGAGUCCUUGGUCCGACAGUUUCUCUACGGCCAACGAUUCUUUGAGAGCAACUUUGGCGAGAGAUGCCAGACCUUCUGGCUUCCAGAUACAUUUGGAUAUUCUGCUCAACUACCUCAAAUUUGUCGCUUAGCUGGGAUGUCGUAUUUCUUCACCCAGAAACUGAGUUGGAACAAUAUCAACAACUUCCCACACACCACAUUCAACUGGGUCAGCUUGGAUGGAAGUCAAGUCAUUUGCCAUAUGGCCCCUAGUGAGACGUACACGGCGGACGCGCAUUUUGGAGAUGUGAAGAGGAGCGUGUCUCAACACAAGAGCAUGGACCAGGACAACACCUCCCUCCUCGUGUUUGGCAAGGGAGAUGGUGGCGGAGGUCCCACAAGAGACAUGCUCGAAAAAUUGAGGAGGUGCCGCGGGCUGAGUGACACCGUCGGGUUACUCCCACGGGUCAAGAUGGGCAACUCGGUGGACGAUUUCUUCGCCAAUCUCGAGAGGAAGGCUGCAGAAGGCACCCAAUUCGUUACCUGGUACGGGGAGCUCUACUUUGAACUUCAUCGAGGCACAUACACGACUCAGGCCAACAACAAACUCAACAAUCGAAAACAAGAGAUCAUGCUGCAUGACAUUGAAUACCUGGCGACGUUGGCCAGCUUGAAGAGCAAAAGCUACAAGUACCCCAAAAAGGAGAUUGAUGAGAUUUGGGAGAAGGUGCUGUUAUGUCAGUUCCAUGACUGCCUUCCAGGCAGCUCGAUUGAGAUGUGCUACGAUGACUCCGAUGCCCUGUACGCUCACAAUGCGAAACUAGGAGAGAAGGUAAAAGAGGAAGCACUCACCGUCCUUGGCCUCUCAGGACACAUCAAAGCUAACGCCGAAAUGGUGGCUGUCAACACAGCUCCGUGGAAGCGAUCGGAACUGGUUCCUAUUCCGAACGCUCAGGCGAAGUCGCCGCAGCAGCAGCAGUAUACUUUUGUCUCCGGCGGCCCAGGUGUCGUCAAGACUCAUGCAGCUUCGGCCAUCCAAUCCACAGCAUCUGUGGAGGAGACGAGGAAGGGCGUGUUUGUGCUCAAGAACAGCCUGUUCCACGUGGAAGUCGAGGCAGGCUGCAUCACAUCGCUCAUUGAUUUGAAAGCUGAUCGCGAAGUUAUUGCCAAAGGUGGUAAAGGUAACCAGCUGGUUAUCUUUGACGAUAAACCGCUAUAUUGGCAAGCUUGGGAUGUGGAAGUUUUCCACCUGGACUCUAGAAAAGAGCUGAGCUCAGGACCGUCUGAAAUUGUUGAAGAUGGACCGUUCCGAGUCAGUGUGGCUACGAAGACACAAAUCAGCAAAGACAGCUGGGUAACAACCACAAUCAGUCUCGAUGCCAGUGACGGCCAGAGUGAGUCUGGCUAUGUGUCUGUGGCAGCGGAAGUCGAAUGGCACGAGACCAUGAAGUUCUUGAAGGUUGAAUUUCCCGUGGAUGUGGUCAACACUGAGGCAAGCUACGAAACGCAAUACGGGAUCAUUCGCCGUCCCACCCACUACAAUACCAGCUGGGACAUGGCGAAAUUUGAAGUCUGCUGCCACAAGUUUGCCGACCUUUCAGAAUCCGACUACGGAGUUUCGGUUCUGAAUGACUCCAAGUACGGAUUUGCGACGUGUGGCAACCUCAUGCGCUUGUCCUUGUUGCGCGCUCCCAAGGCCCCAGAUGCACACGCCGACAUGGGUCGACACCACAUCAAAUGGGCGAUCUUGCCACACCAAGGCGCGCUGAGCAGCACUACCGUUCGAGCUGCAUACAACUUCAACCAUCCUCUCAGACUAGCCUCGUUGGUGGACGACAAGCCGGCGAAAGAACUCUUCAACGCUGUUCAUCUAACAGGAGCGAAAUCACUUGUUCUGGAUUGUGUCAAGCGUGGAGAGGACGACGAGGACGUAUCGCGAGGAGACUUGGCACAACGGUCUGGCCAGAGCGUAAUCCUGAGGAUUUACGAGAGUCUCGGGGGCAAGAGUAGGGGGACCAUCGAGACCACGCUGCCGGUCAAGAAGGUCUACAAGACCAAUGUUCUGGAGGAUGAUCUGGAAACACUGGAGGUAUCUGGCAAGAACAAGAUUAGCAUUGCCAUUGAGCUGCGACCGUUUGAGGUGGCAACCUUUAGGUUGCAGUUGUGA